AUGACCGAAAGGAGACUGUUAGCUAGUCAAGUCGUAUACGUCUAUCUGCUUGUAUAUGCUUGUGGUGAUUUACAAAGUCGUUUGAAAGUACGAAAAGUAUUGGGUGUUGGGGAAUGUGGUGACAAUGGAAGUAUUUAUAGCUCAAAAAUUAGCCAAAUAUUAGGACAUAGUGAUCAUUUGAUGUAUUAUAUGCCAAAUGGACUUAUAUUAUGGUUAACGAUUAUGACAAUUGUAUUUGGUUUACUUUGUAUAUCUGCUGCAUUCUUUCCUCGACUGUUAUUUUUAUUAUUACCUGGUAUAGAAAAAGGAACAACCAACAUUCAUUUGGCAUUGUGUUAUGGAAGUACGAAAACGUAG